AUGGCAGACUUGUUUGAUAGACUGGGUGGUGUGACGGUAUUCACCAAAAUAGACCUAAGGACAGGUUAUUGGCAAGUUCAGAUUGCAGAGGGUGAUGAGCACAAGACAACCUGUGUCCUAGCCCGAUUGCGGGAGCACAAAUUAUAUGCGAAGCUAUCCAAGUGCUCCUUUGCUCAGAAACAAAUUGACUUCCUCGGACAUGUCAUCGAGGAAGGGCGGAACAAGAUGGACCAGCAGAAGAUUCAGGCCAUCACAGAAUGGCCACCUUCUAAGGAUAUCCACGCCUUGAGGUCGUUCCUUGGCCUAUGCAACUUCUAUCAACGUUUUGUGAAAAGUUACUCCCUCAUUGCAGUGCCACUGACAGAACUUCUCAAGAAGGUCACACCGUGGGAUUGGGGCCCCAAACGGGCAGAGGCCUUCGACGCAUUGAAAAUGGCUAUGUCUAGUAGCCUUGUCUUGGCCUUCCCUGACUUGGCCAAGCUAUUCGAAGUGCAAACGGAUGCCUCCGACUAUGCACUUGGUGGAGUAUUGCUACAAGAAGGGCAUCCCGUAGCAUACGAGAGCCGGAAACUGAAGGAUGCAGAGCGGCGCUAUGCUGCCCAUUAA